ACUGUCUCUCAAAUGCGCACUUUUUUAGGUAUGGCCAGAUAUUGCCGCCAAUGGAUUUUAGGCUAUGCCUCAAUUGUGAAACCCUUGCAAAAUCUUAACUUAAAAGACACCCCUGGACCUUUGCAGUGGUCUCCAGAAGCUGAAAAUGCCUUUUCUGUCAUUAAAACUGCCCUUUCACAGGCACCCACACUGGGACAUCCUGAUUAUUCAAAGCCUUUUACACUCUUUUGUCAUGAAAGAGAUGACUUUGUUCUGGGGGUACUUACUCAAUCCCAUGGAGAUAAGCAUCGUCCUAUUGCCUACUAUAGUACAGCCUUAGCUCCUGUAGCUCCUGGGUUUCCACCAUGCCUUCGAGCAGUUGCUGCUGCUGCUAUUCUUGUAGAAUCAUCUGCAAAUAUUGUUCUAGCCUCACCCUUAACUGUUGCUGUACCCCACUCAGUGGAUGCACUUCUUUUAAAAACCAAAACCCAGCACCAUUCAAAUGCUCGUUCAACUAAAUAUGAAAUUCUGCUACUUUCUGUGGCCCACAUUACUUUAAUUCGGUGCCUUGUACUUAAUCCUGCUUGCUUGUUACCUGCACCAUCUGAUGGCGAGCCUCAUGACUGCCUCGCUGUUACCGUUCAUUUAACUUUACCCCAGGUUGAUCUUAAGGACAUUCCUAUUCCAAAUGCUGAUCUAGUUUUGUAUGUUGAUGGGUCCUGCCUAAGAAACUCUAAAGGCUCUCUUGUUGCAGGUUACACUGUAUGUUCCCAGCACGAGGUACUCGAAAGUAAUUUUUUACCUUCUGUCUAUUCUGCCCAAAUUGCUGAACUUGUUGCCCUCACUCGUGCCUGUACCCUUACUCAAGGUAAAACUGUUAAUAUUUAUACAGAUUCGUAUUAUGCCUUUGGUGUUGUCCAUGAUUAUGGGCAAUUAUGGAAACAAUGUGGGUUUCUUACCUCAAAUGGCACACCUAUUCGUAAUGGUUCUUAUGUAGCUACCUUAUUAGAUGCCCUUCAAUUACCUAUUGCUAUUGUUAUUAUUAAAAGUGUUGCUCAUCAAUCUUCCCAGGAUGAAGUUAUGCGUGGAAAUACUCUGGCUGACUCUGCAGCUAGAGCUGCGGCCCUUUCACCCCCUCAGGCUGAGCAAUUGUUCUUUUCCCAUACCUAUGAGCAGUCUCCUAUUGCAAUCUGAAAAAGACACCUGGAGACUGCAUGGGUGCAUAUUAAGCCCUGAUCACCUUUGGCGCUCCCCGGACGGCCGCCUGGUUGCGCCCAAGGUCUUACUUCCCUACCUUGCUCGCGUGUACCAUGGAGUGGCCCAUGUGAGCAAAGGGGGGAUGAUUGCAGCUAUUCAACUUGAUUGGUAUGCUCCAAAUUUUCCUUCCAUCGCUCAGCACUACUGCCAGGCUUGUCCUGUGUGUCAAGCCCAUAAUGUAGGCAAACCUGUUAAAACUAAGAAAGCCGCACAUCCCCCACCUUGGGGACCAUUUGUAAAUAUUCAGAUUGAUUUUAUACAAAUGCUGAAAUAUUGUAAAUAUCAAUAUUUACUUGUUAUAGUUUGUAUGUUUUCAAGUUGGAUUGAAGCUUAUCCUGUGGCAAAUGCCGAUACUAAAGCUGUCACUAAAAUCCUUUUAAAGGACCUUAACCUGCGAUUUGGAAUUCCACUUACCAUCAAUAGUGACAGGGGAUCUCAUUUUACUGGGCAAAUUAUGCAAGAAAUAAGUAAAGCUCUGCAGAUUCGACAGAACUUUCACUGCCCUUAUCACCCACAGUCAGCAGGUGCUGUCGAGAGACAAAACGGGUUACUGAAAAAUAAACUAGCAAAAAUCUGAGCUGAGACUGGUUUGAAAUGGCCAGACGCUCUACCAUUAGCAUUAAUGAGCAUGAGAUCCAUCCCUAAUUGGAAGACUGGACUCAGCCUACAUGAUGUCCUGAUGGGGAGACCUAUGCGACUUCCAUCCUCCCCACCUUUACCACCUUCUCAGAUUAACAUCCAUUUAGCUGAUGAUCUUGUGUUACAAUAUUGUCAAGCAUUAAUGAAGUGUGUCAGAUCUGUUCAUUCCCAGGUCCAAGAAGCUUUACCUCAACCAACGGAUGUUCCCUAUCACCACCUCGAACCAGGUGAUUGCAUCUACGUAAAGGUCCAUCAGCGGAAAAACACGUUUCAACCCAGAUGGAAAGGACCGUUCCAGGUGCUUUUGACCACUAACACUGCUGUUUGUUGCCAAGGUCACCAGAUGUGGACUCAUGCCUCGCACUGUAAAAAGGUAUCACCUCCAUUGGACCCCGAAGAAGUUGAAUUCCAACCAAGGUUAAGACCUUUCCCUGAGACCAAGGACAAAGACCCUCAGGACCUCACUCAGAUGCUUCUAGCGCUAUUGAGAACCAGGCUGAAAUUAUUGAGAAAGAAGCUGCUAAACUGCACCAAACCGAUCAAUGGAGUCUUUGGGACUGGUCUGGCGGAUUUGGGGCCAAAUUAUUUUAUAUUGCAAUCAUGGUCUUGGGGUUUAUUCUCUUUCUACAAGUAUUCCUCUUGUUGCUAUGCAAUUGUAAUCUUAGUGCAUCCCGCAAAAGGCACAACAGAUAUGUCUAACGUGAUCCUGGGUCAAUUGAAAUUAGUCUCUCAAUUGUUCCGAAGGGAGCAUUGGAAGAUACUCUACCCAAGAACAAGUCUCACUGUGCCUCGAAGGAUGCAUAAGUCAGAAUGUUCUCCUAUUGGCCCAUUUGCAGUCUGUUACCCAACACAUGGUUACAAAUCUCAUCAGUUGUACUAUAAGUUCAAAAGGGGGGAAUGUAGAAGAAGAAAACCCCAGGCCUUAAUUUGUGUUUAAGAAGUGCUUUGUGGAAUUUUCCACAAACACUGAGCAGACCUAUGAGGUCAAUAGGUCAACCCAGAAGUUUCCUGCCCUUGCAGCUUUGUGGUUCCAACUAGUUCUCUGUUCAAUGUAUUAUAUCUUGUGUCAUGUGACCUGAAAUUGAAACAUAUGAAAGGUUUGCUUUGAUUGUCUGUGGUGAGGAGGCUCAGUGACCCCCGUGCAGCUGCUUGUAAAUUCAUAGAUUCAUAGAUUCAUAGAUGUUAGGGUCGGAAGGGACCUCAAUAGAUCAUCGAGUCCGACCCCCUGCAUAAGCAGGAAAGAGUGCUGGGUCUAGAUGACCCCAGCUAGAUGCUCAUCUAACCUCCUCUUGAAGACCCCCAGGGUAGGGGAGAGCACCACCUCCCUUGGGAGCCCGUUCCAGACCUUGGCCACUCGAACUGUGAAGAAGUUCUUCCUAAUGUCUAAUCUAAAUCUGCUCUCUGCUAGCUUGUGGCAAAUAAAGGGUCUCUAAAUAAAGGGUCUCUGACAACUUCGUUACUAAACAACAGAGUGAAGCUUGUUUCUUCCACACGUAAUUCCAAAGAUUAUACUGGAGAAAAGUCUUCCAAUGUUUUUGAUUUUGAACCUCAAGGGGAAGCAGGAAAUUGUAUAAUGUCAAUCUAAGAACUAACUGCAGGUUCAGAGUCCAAACUCACUAGGUAGAAACAAAACUUUCCUACCACGUGCAAAGUUUGUUAACAUGUUAGGACACAGAAAGGCUAUGUAAAUUCUAUCACAAGGUCACCACACAUGCAACCACAGCAUAUGUCUACAUUUACACGGACCAAUGUAUGUUAAAGUCAAUGGGAGCCUUUCUGUUGACUCUAGUGGGCUUUGAAGAGGGUCCUAAGAUAGUAAAACCUUUGUUGAAUACUUAUAGACAAGUAUUUAGUCAGUGUUGGCUUAAGAAGAAAAAAAGGAGAUAAAUGAAAUGCAUCUUCCAAUGACAUAAGCCUCAUGAAGAAUUAACUAGGAUAAGCACUUAUUCUAGUCGGUGCACUGAAGAUCUGAACAAUGCAGACAAAAAUAAUAAUUAAAACAUAGCUUCAUGCUGAGACGAAACUUUCAAGAGACUCAACUGUGUUAAUUUAUGAUUUUUCUGUUUUGGAAUUGCGAGCAUAAUUAUGUCCCAGAGGCAACAGGAGCUAGCACUUGUCAUUCCCAAUUUCCCCCUCUGAAAGGAGAUUAAUUUCUUUACACAGAAAUCCAAAAGUUGAUGCCAGAGUAAUA